GGCGCGGCGGCGGGCUGAGGAGCUGCGGGGCGGCGGCGGCGGCGGCGGCGGCGGGCUUGGAGCUGCGGGGCGGGAGCGGCGUAGGCGCGGGGUCAGGAGCCAGCGCGAACCUGGACAUGGAGCCGCCCGGUGGGGGUCUGGGGCCCGGCCGCGGGACCCGGGACAAGAAGAAGGGCCGCAGCCCGGACGAGCUGCCUUCGGCAGGCGGCGACGGCGGCAAAUCCAAGAAAUUUACUCUGAAGCGGCUCAUGGCAGAUGAGCUGGAGAGGUUUACCAGCAUGAGAAUUAAGAAGGAGAAAGAAAAGCCUAAUUCUGCAAAUAGAAAUUCUUCUGCAUCAUAUGGGGACGAUCCCACAGCACAGUCAUUGCAGGAUGUUUCCGAUGAGCAAGUCCUAGUCCUCUUUGAACAGAUGCUGCUGGACAUGAACCUGAACGAGGAGAAGCAGCAGCCUCUGAGGGAGAAGGAUAUCAUCAUCAAGAGAGAGAUGGUGUCCCAGUACCUGCACACCUCCAAGGCCGGCAUGAGCCAGAAGGAGAGCUCCAGGUCGGCUAUGAUGUACAUUCAGGAGCUGAGGUCAGGCCUGCGGGAUAUGCCUCUGCUCAGCUGCCUGGAGUCCCUUCGUGUCUCCCUCAACAACAACCCUGUCAGUUGGGUGCAAACGUUCGGUGCUGAGGGCCUGGCCUCCUUACUGGACAUCCUUAAACGACUUCAUGAUGAGAAAGAGGAGACUGCUGGAAGCUACGACAGCCGUAACAAGCAUGAGAUCAUCCGCUGCUUGAAAGCGUUUAUGAACAACAAGUUUGGAAUCAAGACCAUGCUGGAGACCGAAGAAGGGAUUCUGCUGCUGGUCAGAGCCAUGGAUCCUGCUGUGCCCAACAUGAUGAUCGAUGCGGCCAAACUGCUCUCUGCCCUCUGCAUCCUCCCGCAGCCGGAGGACAUGAAUGAAAGGGUUUUGGAAGCCAUGACAGAAAGAGCUGAAAUGGAUGAGAUGGAGCGUUUUCAGCCACUGCUGGACGGAUUAAAGAGUGGGACUUCGAUUGCUCUCAAGGUGGGGUGUCUGCAGCUGAUCAAUGCUCUCAUCACGCCAGCUGAAGAACUUGACUUCCGAGUUCACAUCCGGAGUGAACUGAUGCGCUUGGGGCUGCAUCAAGUGUUGCAGGAGCUUCGAGAGAUUGAAAAUGAUGAUAUGAGAGUACAGUUAAAUGUAUUUGAUGAACAAGGAGAAGAAGAUUCCUAUGAUCUGAAGGGACGGCUGGACGACAUUCGAAUGGAGAUGGAUGACUUCAGUGAAGUCUUCCAGAUUCUCUUAAACACAGUAAAGGAUUCGAAGGCGGAGCCACACUUCCUGUCCAUCCUGCAGCACCUGCUCUUAGUCCGAAAUGACUAUGAGGCCAGACCGCAGUACUAUAAGCUGAUUGAAGAGUGCAUCUCUCAGAUAGUUCUGCACAAGAACGGGGCUGAUCCUGACUUCAAGUGCCGGCACCUCCAGAUCGAUAUCGAGGGACUGAUUGAUCAAAUGAUUGAUAAAACAAAGGUCGAGAAAUCUGAAGCCAAAGCUGCAGAGUUGGAGAAAAAGCUGGACUCAGAGUUAACAGCCCGACAUGAGCUACAGGUGGAAAUGAAAAAGAUGGAAAGUGACUUUGAGCAGAAGCUCCACGAUCUUCAGGGAGAAAAGAACACCCUGGAUUCUGAAAAGCAGCAAAUCACCACAGAGAAACAGGACUUGGAAGCAGAAGUGUCGCAGCUCACAAGCGAGGUUGCCAAGCUGUCCAAGGAACUGGAAGACGCCAAGAAAGAAGUGGCUUCGCUCUCCGCAGCAGCGGCCGCUGCGGCCCCUCCCGUCAGGGCUGCCCUCCCCCCUGCCCCUCCUUUACCUGGCGACUCCUCCGGUGGUCCUGGUCCUGUCGUUCCCACCUCGCCCCCUUUACUGGAAGGGGGUAGCCCAGUCCCUGCACCCCUUCUUCCCGGGGGCGAGGCCAUUCCUCCUCCACCACCACCGCCUCCUCCUCUGCCUGGGGCUCCCUGCAUCCCCCCACCCCCUCCUCUGCCUGGGGCUCCCUGCAUCCCCCCACCCCCUCCUCUGCCUGGGGUUCCUGACGUCCCCCCACCCCCUCCUCUGCCUGGGGUUCCUGGCGUCCCUGGCGUCCCCCCACCCCCUCCUCUGCCUGGGGUUCCUGGUGUCCCCCCACCCCCUCCUCCCUUGCCUGGAGGACCUGGGAUGCUCCCUCCCCCUCCCCCUCUUCCUGGUGGACUCCCACCCCCACCUCCAUUUCCUGGAGGCCCUGGCAUCCCUCCACCGCUACCGGUUGGAUUUGGAGUUCCUGCAGCCCCAGUUCUGCCAUUUGGAUUAAUCCCAAAGAAAGUUUACAAGCCAGAGGUGCAGCUCCGGAGGCCAAACUGGUCCAAGUUUGUCGCCGAGGACCUUUCCCAGGACUGCUUCUGGACCAAGGUGAAGGAAGACCGCUUUGAGAACAAUGACCUCUUCGCCAAGCUUACCCUCACCUUCUCCGCCCAGACCAAGACUUCAAAAGCCAAGAAGGAUCAGGAAGGUGGAGAAGAAAAGAAAUCUGUGCAAAAGAAAAAAGUGAAAGAGUUAAAGGUGCUGGAUUCAAAGACGGCCCAGAAUCUCUCAAUCUUUCUGGGUUCCUUCCGCAUGCCUUAUCAAGAGAUUAAGAACGUCAUCCUGGAGGUGAACGAGGCUGUUCUCACUGAGUCUAUGAUCCAGAACCUCAUCAAGCAGAUGCCAGAGCCAGAGCAGUUAAAAAUGCUUUCCGAACUCAAGGAUGAAUACGACGAUCUGGCCGAGUCCGAGCAGUUCGGCGUGGUGAUGGGUGCUGUGCCCCGCCUGCGGCCACGCCUCAACGCCAUCCUCUUCAGGCUGCAGUUCGGUGAGCAGGUGGAGAACAUCAAGCCGGAGAUCGUGUCCGUGACGGCCGCGUGCGAGGAGACGCGCAAGAGCGAGAGCUUCGCCAGCCUCCUGGAGCUCACCCUGCUGGUGGGCAACUACAUGAACGCCGGCUCCAGGAACGCCGGGGCCUUCGGCUUCAGCAUCAGCUUCCUCUGCAAGCUCCGGGACACCAAGUCCACGGAUCAGAAGAUGACGCUGUUGCACUUCUUGGCCGAGCUGUGUGAGAAUGACCACCCCGACGUCCUCAGGUUUCCGGAGGAGCUGGCCCACGUGGAGAAAGCCAGCCGAGUUUCUGCUGAAAACUUGCAGAAGAACCUGGACCAGAUGAAGAAACAGAUUGCCGAUGUGGAACGUGACAUUCAGAAUUUCCCAGCUGCCACAGACGAGAAAGACAAGUUUGUGGAGAAAAUGACCAGCUUCGUGAAGGAUGCCCAGGAGCAGUAUAACAAGCUGCGGCUGAUGCAUUCCAACAUGGAGACCCUCUACAAGGAGCUGGGCGAGUACUUCCUCUUUGACCCCAAGAAGGUGGCUGUGGAGGAAUUCUUCAUGGAUCUGCACAACUUUAAGAAUAUGUUCGUGCAAGCAGUCAAGGAGAACCAGAAGCGGCGGGAGACGGAGGAAAAGAUGCGACGAGCCAAACUAGCCAAGGAGAAGGCGGAGAAGGAGCGGCUGGAGAAGCAGCAGAAGAGAGAGCAGCUCAUAGACAUGAAUGCUGAGGGUGAUGAGACGGGUGUGAUGGACAGUCUUCUGGAAGCCCUGCAGUCAGGCGCGGCGUUCCGGCGGAAGAGAGGACCUCGCCAGGCCAACAAGAAGGUCGCCUGUGCAGUCACCUUGGAGGGGCUCAAGGACGACGCCCUGGCCUCCGUUCCUGCCAAGAUAUCCCGGAAGAGCGAGCAGGUGCCCACCAUCCUGGAGGAGCCCAAGGAGCUGCUCGGCCGUGCGAGCUAAGCCAGGUCUCGGGGCCACGGCCGCUCCUGCGCGGAGCCCCAGACUGUCCCGCCCGGCAGCGCGGGCCUGAGGGUCCCGGAGCUGCUCCUCGCGGCGGCGGCCGCCCGCGUCACCCCGCCUCCACCGCUCUGCGGCCUGCCGCCCUCUGUCCCUCGCGCCCGGCCUCCGAGCGCGCCGAGGGGAGGCCCGGGGCGCGCGCCCCGGCUCUCGUCCAACCAAAGCCGGCUCCGCGUCCGCCGCCUUAAGCCCCAGUGUCGCCCCUGGUCUCCGCGCCGUCUCUCCGCCAGGGGCACCUGCUUUCUCGGCGCCCGCUUUCCAGGGGGCUCCGGCCUGCGCCCGUCUCGCCAGCCCGUGCUCUGAGAGCAGCACGGGGCUGAGACGCCUUUGGGCUCGGUUCCCCCCACUGCUGUCACCCCGGCUCUGCUCCUCCCGCCCCGGGCUCCUGUCCUUCAUUGCUGGCGGCCUGGCAUCGGGAGCUACUUCCACGGAAGUGGGUAGCGAUCCCUUCCCCCACCUUUUGGGAAAGACCUCCCCCACAGAAAAGGCCUAGGCCACUUGAUCUGUGCCCUGGGGCCUGGGCCAGAGCCCCACUGAGGGCGGGCAGGCGGGGCCAGCCCCGGCCACUGCCAUGCCUCGUGCCCUGGGACCCUCUGCCCGGCCCCGGCCUCCCUCGAGCUCUGGUGCGGCUCACCUGGAAGAUGGGCUGUCUCUGGCCCUUCCAGCACCUUGGCCUCUGUCUCCAGGGAAACGGGGUUGGAGCCUCCUGGCUGAGAAGUUGUUUUGCAAAUGGAUCUAUUUUUGUAUGAAUUUUUUUAAGAGAAAUAACUCCUCCGUCUCCCUUCCCGCUCCAUGAUGUGAGAGGCUUUGUUGGCGGGUUCCAGGGUCCCUGGGAUUCUCCUCACAGCGUCAGGCCUGAACAAGCCCCUGGACCACCAUCCACCUCGGCCCUCAAGCCUGUGGGCCCUUGAGGCCAGUGUAGACUCUCUCCCGGCAUCUGACUGAGGCAGCAGGAAGUUCUCCUCGGGUUGAGUUGGACCAGGCCUAAGAGUAGUGGGAGCUCUGAGACCACAGAGUUUUUAUAAAUUUAAUAUAUUUAUCAAGCCAAAUGUGCAAAUGCUAACUGGACACCCUGGAGGAGUGGGCACAGGGCGUCCCCCACCUCCGCCCUCUUCUCAGCAGUGGGCAGGCCAAAUUCUUGGCGGCCACGGCUGCAGCAAACUCAGAUUCUCUGGCUCAAGGUGACAUUUUGCCCUCCUGUGCGCCUUUCAGCUUCCGGCCCCCGGAGGAGAGGGCUUGGCCCUCCCAUCCAGCCUUGAGAGCAGGGGCAGCUUCGGGACCUGAGGGCGCCCGCAGGGGGGCCUGGAGGCCGGGCAGCAGGGUUCUGGUGGCGAGAGCCUGUGUGUCAAGGGGCACCUCCCUGCUGACAUCUGGGGCUUUGACCCUUUCUUUUUUUAAUCUACUUUUGCUAAGAUGCAUUUAAUUAAAAAAAA